CGCUCGAACGCUCGAAGGCGAAUCACGUGGUUUUUAACCGGGUCCUCCGCCAUUUUCUCUCAAGUUCGGCGAGAGGUCGGGCACCUGUAUCCUGCAGGUGUUCUCCUUGUAUUUAGCUGGUUCUGGUCUGCGAAGAAUUGGCCACCUAACUUAAGACACGAUGAAUAACUUUAGUCAGCUUCUCGAAAGCGCCAAGCGCAGCCCUUUCGCCAGGCCGUUCACAGCGCAUUGCGACGCGCCUGGCGACGUCUCCAAGCCGGUAUGCCCCGUUGCGCCGAGGACCUUCGGUGCUGCGGCCGCGGCGGAACCGGUUGCCUACGGCUCCAUGAAGUACUACGCCCUGUGCGGCUUUGGAGGCAUCCUCAGCUGCGGCAUCACUCACACCGCCGUCGUCCCGUUGGACCUCGUCAAAUGCAGAAUCCAGACCAAUCCAGCGAAAUACAAGGGCAUCUUCCACGGUUUCAACUUGACCGUCAAGGAGGAGGGCAUGAGGGGCCUCGGGCGUGGCUGGGCACCCACCGCCAUUGGCUACUCGCUGCAGGGCCUGGGCAAGUUUGGCUUCUAUGAAGUCUUCAAGAUCCUCUACAGCAACAUGCUGGGAGAGGAACUGUCGUACCUAUGGAGGACGUCGCUGUACCUGGCUGCUAGCGCCUCGGCGGAGUUCUUUGCCGACAUUGCCCUGUGCCCAAUGGAGGCGUGCAAGGUGCGCAUCCAGACCAUGGCUGGCUGCCCCCCCUACCUGAGCAAGGUGGCUCCCAUGAUCCUCAAGGACGAGGGGCUGCGCGGGUUCUACAAGGGCAUCAGCCCGCUGUGGAUGAGGCAGAUCCCGUACACCAUGAUGAAGUUUGCCUGCUUCGAGCGCACUGUGGAGCUGCUCUACAAGCACGUGGUGCCCAAGCCCCGCGACCAGUGCUCCAAGCCCGAGCAGCUGGUGGUCACAUUCGUCGCCGGAUACAUUGCUGGCGUGUUCUGUGCGGUGGUCUCCCAUCCCGCCGACACAGUGGUCUCCAAGCUGAACCAGGAGAAGGGCAGCACUGCCAUCGAAGCUGCCAAGAAGCUUGGCAUGGCCGGUCUGUGGAAGGGCCUGACUCCGCGUAUCAUCAUGAUCGGUACGUUGACGGCGCUGCAGUGGUUCAUCUACGAUGCGGUGAAGGUGUGGCUGCGCCUGCCCCGGCCCCCUCCCCCCGAGAUGCCGCAGUCCCUCAAGGACAAGCUGGCCGCUGCCCAGAAGUGAGCCCAGGACAUUUUGGGCACCGUAGCUGCAAUACCCGCCCACCAAUUGCUCCUAGCGUGUUCUGCCCUUGUACAAAUACAUUGCCGAGGAAGAAAAGGAACCAUA